UUUCAUCUAAAUAAUCAUGGGUUAACCAAUCUCAAGUGGUCCUUAUUAGAUGGAGCUCUCAAAUUGACUCUUCCUAAAGAGUCUCAUGAUCUGGAUAGGGAUAGCCAAGAUUUGUCGGAGGAAUUUGAGAAAGCUGCUACUUAUGGAGGAAAUGAAAAUGAAAGUUGUAUUCGAAUAUUCAAGCAUAGGGUUGAAGAAAAGACUAUUGACAACAUUUAUGCCCGCAACAACCUUUUCGGAAUUUUAUCUUCAAGAUAACAAUGUUAUUGCCAUAGGAAUGGAUGACUCCUACAUCCAGAUAUAUAAUGUUCAAGUUAACGAGGUUGAGGUAAAGACAAAGCUCAAAGGACAUCAUAAAAGAAUAACUGGGCUUGCUUUUUCGAAUUCUCUCAAUGUACUUAUAUCUACCGGAGCAGAUUAUCAGGUAAAUUAAUUUGAUAUAGGUGUAUUUCGACAUAUACCUUACUUAAAAGAAAAAUAUAGUUGUUGUGUUUUGGGCGAAUUUGUGGCUUGAUGUUGUUGAUAAUAGUUGCUACCGUGGAUGAACAAUUUCAGCACUUUGACCAUUUUUCUGCUACAAUCUGUUGAGGCAAAAAAUGAAAUAACUUUGCUUAUUUAACUUCUGUUUGGCAUGUUUAUCAUUACCUCAUGCCUUUGAUGAGAAUUAAUUAUUGCCUUUGAUGAGGUUGGUUGCUACAGUUUGACACCUCAUUUUGAAGUUGAAUCAAUGUUGUAUUUUGGCCUUUUGCUGCUCCAUUUUGUAAUAUUUUUUGAUCCCCGGGUUGUUGUAUUUUUUCUUUUACUACUGUUGAAUUUUAGACUAAGCUAUUUGCUA